CGGAUCAAUUUCCUCCAUUUGCAAAUGACUAAACUACCCUCCUCCUGCGUGCAUGCGUAAAACCCAAACCAAACCCUCAGCGAUGUUUCCGUCCGUCCAUCGUCGCUUUCAAUCCUCGGAGAGAGAGGGGGGGAGCGAGGGAGAGAGCAGAACUCGAAAUAAAAAGACAUAAAACUGGGUUUGAAUGCAUCGCUUCCGUUCUUCCAUCCAUCGCAACCUCUCGCCCACCUCCCAAUUUCCCGCCAAUUUCUUGCAUCACUCUCAAUCUCCCGCCAAUUUCUCGCCGCCGUCUCGCCUCCUUGUACCCAAACCCAUGUCUCGAAUGCUCGCCCGCGCUCUCCCUCUCGCAUCCAAAUCUCCUCCAAUCACAGCCGUCCAUUCACGCUCCUUCUGCCCUUUUCCGUCCUUCUCUCCAUGUUCAUCCAUCUCCCACCGUAGCUUCCACGUGUCCUCCCGAAAUCCGAACCAUCCCAGGGCGCUCGCGGGAAUUUUCGGGUCCCAGAGAGGGUUCCGGAAGUUGACGCGGAGGAGAGCGGCAGCGAAGAAGCAGUCGUCCAAGGAGAAGCAGUUAGAGCUCAAUGUCAGCAUCUGCAUUGAAGAAGAAAUGCCCGACGAUCCCGAAGUUCUGAACAUUGCAGAAAUACUUCGAUUAAAUGUUCCCAUGGCCAUGAAGAUCGCAUUCGAUGGUCUGAAAGAUUCAGAGUACAAAACAAGAGAUACUUCCAUAGAUGAUGUUGGUAAAUUUGAAAAGGUCGAGCUAUCUGUACUGCUUUGUAAUGAUGAUUUUAUUCGGAAGCUCAAUAAAGAUUGGAGAGAUGAAGACCAUGCUACGGAUGUUCUCUCCAUGUCACAGCAUGUUCCUGAACUUCAGCUUCCCAUUCUUAUGUUAGGCGACAUUGUAAUUUCUGUUGAGACUGCUGCAAGACAAGCAAAGGAGAGAGGGCAUACUCUUCUCGAUGAGAUACGCAUCCUCAUGGUUCAUGGGUUACUGCAUAUUUUGGGCUUCGAUCAUGAGAUUAGUGAUGAGGCUGAAGAAGAGAUGGAAAAGGAGGAGGAACUUGUUUUGAAGAGUCUUGGCUGGAAAGGGAAGGGUCUAAUUCAGAGUGCAUAUGAUGCUGUAACUGAUGGAAGCCCUCAAACAGGACUUUUAGAUGGUGAAAGUUUAAAUGAUAGAAAGAAAGAAGGCAGCCUGCGGUUUUAUAAACCAAAAUUCAGUUACAUCUUCUUGGAUAUGGAUGGUACCCUGCUGAACAGCAAAAGUCAAGUUUCUUCUAGAAAUGCAGAAGCUCUGAAAGAGGCUAUAUCAAAGGGAGUAAAAGUGGUGAUUGCUACUGGAAAGGCUCGCCCUGCGGUUAUAAGUGCUCUGAAGAUGGUUGAUUUGGCUGGCAAAGACGGAGUUGUUUCUGAAUUUUCACCAGGGGUCUUCUUACAGGGAUUGCUUGUCUAUGGGAGACAAGGACGUGAGAUUUCUAGAAGAAAUUUGGACCCAAAUAUUUGCAGAGAGGCAUUUCUCUAUUCUUGGGAACACAAGGUUCCUGUUGUUGCAUUUAGCCAAGACAGAUGUUUGACAUUAUUUGAUGACCCUGUGGUUGACUCGCUUCAUACUGUGUAUCAUGAGCCGAAGGCAGAGGUCAUGCCUUCAGUCGAACACCUUUUAGCAGAUGCUGAAAUACAGAAACUGGUUUUCAUGGACACAAUUGAGGGGGUAUCCACUACUUUGCGUCCUUAUUGGUCAGAAGCAACAAAAGGACGAGCAGGCAUUGUCCAGUCACAGCCAGAUAUGCUUGAAAUAAUCCCCACUGGAACUUCAAAAGGUAAUGGGGUGCAGAUGCUGCUGGAUCAUCUUGGUACCACUGCAAAAGAGAUCAUGGCUGUAGGCGACGGAGAAAAUGACGUGGAGAUGCUGCAGCUGGCUUCAUUGGGUGUGGUGCUUAGGAAUGGCUCGGAGAAGGCGAAGGCCGUAGCUGAUGUGAUCGGUGCCAGCAAUGACGAAGAUGGGGUCGCUGAUGCUAUAUACCGAUAUGCAUUCUGAGAUCGGAUUGGCCUAGAAAUGCUGCUGUCCCAGAAUGUUUUACUCAUUGGUGUUAUUUAUCAUGGGAUCCAAGUUAAACCCAUCUUUAUAUUUUUAUUUCACAUUCCCAUUUUACUGGAAAUGUUUUAUCAAAUGGGAAAGAGAAGAAAUGCAUCAUAACCUUGGGAGCCCCAGGCAAUUUUUUUUAAAGCUGUGACUUCUGGGAUGCUGCCGCAUUUAUGUCGUUUGGUCUCUUGAUCUUGUUUUCCUCAAUGAAGGGGGUUAUAUGUUAUCACUUUUUAUUUUACUAUAAAAUAGAAAAGGAAGAUGGAUAUUGUUUUGGGGGAUGCUA